AUGAAGAAAAAAAGAGAUAAUCUUAAGGUAUGGUAUGAUGCAUUACAAGAUUUUGAAGUGAAUAAUAAAAGUAAAUACAAUCUAACCAAGGAUGUAAUUCACCGCAGACUAAGACCUGAACCUGAAAUUAUUGAACAUAUUUUAGAGGAAUUAGAAAAUAAAAUAAGGCAUUAUUUUAAUCUAUUUAAGUUAGAAAAAGAAAAAAGAACUUCUGCAGAAAAAAACAAUUAUUAUUUACAGGAAGAAAUAGCUAAGGCUUAUGAGGCAUUCGAAAAAAAUAAAAUUUAUACGAUGAAACUUGAAGAAAAGCUAAAUAAUAUAAAAGAUAAUCAAAGUUCUUUAAUUGACACGGUACGCCGUAUAGAUUUAUUAUAUAUACAGCUUGAUACACUGGUUCAAUCUUUUGCAGGUAUUUGCACACAAACAGCUACGGAGGUAUCAGAGAAUAGUAGUAAUAUAGAAAAGAAGAGAGAUACAAUAAAAAUGUUAUUAGAUUAUAUAUAUCCAUGUAGAACACUUGAUCCUCGUAUUAAUUCAUUAUAUGGAUUGUUGUAUUAUCAAGUUAUUGGAUUAUUAGAAGAUAGUAAAUAUUCAUGUCCACCAAUUCCUCCUAUACCCCCAAUUGUGCCAUCUCAAAAUGAUGGCUGGUUACCUCCAUCACAUUUUCCCCAUGAUAACAUUGAUCAUAUGAGUGUUUUCAAAGAAAACAGUUUUUCAGAUAUGGUAAAGAGAAAUAAGGAAGAAAAUGAUAAAAUUAGUAGAAUGAGAUCAAAUAAUAUGGUAGAACAUGAAUUAGAAAAAAAUACUAAAAAUUAUGAUGAUUCCAUUAUUCCUAGGGAUUUAUUAGGAUUUGAUAUAAAAAUUGGCUUAGUAGAAAUUAAUUAUCCGUUAGAAAAUCCCAAAAUUGUUUGCGUAGUAAGAUAUAAUCACGAAACUUCAUAUUCUGCUAUUCAAAAUAGUAAAAGAGUUACAAAACCUAAAAAUCCUGAUGAUAUAAUAAACAGUGAAAAAUACAUAUUUAAUGUUGAUAAUACUAUCAAUUUAAAUACAUUGCCACAUAAAACACCUGGAGAAAUUCCAAGUUUCAGAAUAGAUGUUCAUGAUGUCAGGGGAAAAUUAUUAGUAGGAACAUCAAAAUGUUCUUUUAUUAGUGAAAAAACAUUAAUAAAAAAUUGCCCAUGGGAUAUUUAUUCAAGAAUAGAUAAAAAUAAUCCAGAAAUAAUAGGAAAAAUGUAUGUAUCUGUAUAUCAGUAUCCUAGUAAAUCCAUAUUACCAGCGGAAUUAUUUAAGCAAGUGAAGCAAAGCAAAUUCUCAGAUAUUUCAAGUCUAAACACAUCUCCAACAAUUUUACAAAAGGUACAAAAAACUCCAAUUAAUAAUACAAAAAUAGGAUUAAAAGGAAAAUUAAUUACUAAAAAAAGCAUUGUUUUAAGUAAGGAUGCCGUAGAAAAGUCUGGAUUACAAAAAGUUGGAGAGCAUAAAGUUCAAACAAAGCUGCUAAUAAUUAAAAAUAACAAUAAUGCACCUAUUCAAAGAGGGAAAAAAGUUUCCUUUAAACCUUAUACUUCUAAAAAAGAGAUAGAAGGAUUAAAAACAGAAAAAGUCAAAGAAGUAAAUGAAACAAAUGCUAAGGAAAAGGUAAAGGAGUUUGAAAAGGGAAUUUAUAAAGGGAUAAUUAAAGAUAAUAACCAUAUCAAUAAUAAUAAUCCCACUAUUACUAAUAAUAAUACUAACAAAAAUAUUAAUAAUAAUACUAAUGAUAAUAGUAACACUGAUAAUAAUAGUAAUACUGAUAAUAAUAAUAAUAAAAAUGGUAAUACUACUACUUCUACUAAUAAUAAUAUAGAUAUAAAAAAAGUGCAAAAUGUUGUAGAUAAUCAAGAAAAAAAUAAACCAUCUAAUGUAAAAAAUAUUAUAAAAAACUUGACGGAAAAGAUUGAAUUAAAAAAGGCAGAUACUCCAUCAAUUACUUUAAAAAGUGUAGUAAAAACAGAAACUAAUAAAGACAAAAAUGAUUAUAUGUUAAGUAAAUUAGAAAAAAAGAAAUCAAUUGAAAAUAAAAAAUAUUCUUUAAAUAAUAAGGAAAUUGUGGUAAGUGCUGAAAAAAUAGAAGAAGGAAAAAAAAUUAAAUCACCAUUAUAUCAAAAAAAAGAAAUACUUAUAAAACCCAAAGUUACAGAAAAAAUAGAUAAUGUAGAUAAUAAAACAAAAAGCAAUCCUCCAAAUCUUAAAGAUACUGCUAAAAUUAUAAUUAAACCAUCCCUUAAAAUAAAAGUUGAACCUAAAAAAGAAAAUUUAAAUAAACUAUUGAAUAAAACUAUUCCAAAAAUUCUACCUAUUGAGAAACAUGAAAAUAAAGAAUUGGGAAUUAUUAAGAGUUCUAAAGAAAGUUUAAAUAAAGAAGUAGAAAAUAAAAAAUACAUUUCUACUAUUGAGACAAAAAGAAGUAAAAGUUUUUCAAAAAAAUCUGAAAAUGAAAAAAGUGAGGCAGUUAUAUCUGAAAAACAAAAGGAACAUGAAAUUAAAAAAACGUCCAUUUUUAAACUGAAUUUUGGAAAGAAAGAACCAAGUGAAACUAAAAAGAAAUUUUCUAUUUUUAAGUUCCGAACCCCCCAAAGUAUGGAAUCACAAAAAAGAGAAACAAAUACAAAAAGUGUUGAAAUAUCAAAAAUUAUGAAAGAGCCAAUCACAAAAAAAGAUCCACCAAUUUCACAAACAAGCUUAGAAAAUGACCAAUUAAAAAAAAUUUUAGAAGAUGCUAAAAAAAAAUCUAUAUUUAUUGAUAAAAGUAAAAUACAAAUAAAAUUAUUCAAAAAGGUAGAACCAAAAAAGGAAAUUAAGAAGUUUGUUCCAAAACUUAAAAAUUUUUGA